AUGACUAGAGACAUCACCAAUCAUCUACUUUUCGAAGUAGCUACCGAAGUUGCUCACAAGGUGGGGGGAAUCUACUCGGUUCUAAAAUCAAAAGCUCCCAUCACAGUGGCUGAAUAUAGAGAACGCUACACCCUUAUUGGACCUUUAAACUACAACUCGGCCCAAAUUGAAGUGGAGGAGUUACCAGUCAAGGACCCUUUACUCAAGCAAACUUUGGACUCAAUGUCUGCUAAAGGCAUUCGUUGGCUCUAUGGAAGAUGGUUGAUUGAAGGUGCACCAAGAGUAUUGCUUUUUGACAUUUGGUCAGCCGGCCAUUUUCUCAAUGAAUGGAAGGCAGACUUGUGGAAUAUAGCUGGUAUUCCUACUCCUGACCACGAUCUGGAAACCAAUGAAGCUAUCUUGUUGGGAUACUUGGUUGCUUGGUUCUUGGGCGAAUUGGUGUACAAUGACCGCGACAGAGCCGUUAUUGCUCAUUUCCAUGAAUGGUUGGCGGGUAUUGCGUUGCCCUUGUGCCGUAAACGAAGAAUCGAUGUCACAACCAUAUUCACCACGCAUGCGACUUUGUUGGGAAGAUACCUUUGUGCAGGCUCAACCGAUUUUUACAACAACUUGGCCAACUUUGACGUCGAUGCCGAGGCCGGUAAACGAGGCAUUUACCACCGUUAUUGCAUAGAAAGAUCAGCCACUCACUCAGCCGAUGUAUUCACCACCGUUUCCCACAUCACUGCAUUUGAAAGUGAACAUUUGUUAAAGAGAAAACCCGAUGGGGUGUUGCCCAAUGGGUUGAAUGUUGUUAAAUUCCAAGCUGUUCACGAAUUCCAAAACUUGCAUGCCAUGAAGAAGGAAAAGAUUAACGAGUUUAUUAAAGGACACUUUUACGGAAAUUACGAUUUUGAUUUGGAAAAUACCUUGUAUUUCUUCAUUGCUGGAAGAUACGAAUUUAGAAAUAAAGGUUGCGAUUUUUUCAUUGAAAGUUUAGCAAGAUUGAACCAUAGAUUGAAAGAAAGUGGUUCUAAAAUGACAGUUGUUGCAUUCAUUAUCAUGCCAGGCAGAACCCAAUCCUACACAGUGGAAACAUUGAAAGGACAAGCGGUUGUCAAACAGUUGGAAUCAACCAUUGAAGAAGUUCAAAAAAAAGUGGGCGAGCGAUUGUUUGAACAUUGUGCCAGAUACCCAAAUUCCGAGCAUGCGGCAGGGAAAUCUAACGAAGUCCCAUCAAUUGAUGAGUUGAUCAAACCUGCAGAUCGUGUUUUGUUAAAGAGAAGAAUCUAUGCAUUGAAAAGAGACGGAUUGCCACCCAUCGUCACCCACAAUAUGAUUGACGAUAACACCGAUCCAAUCUUGAACCAAAUCAGACGUGUCCAAUUGUUUAACCGCCCAGAGGAUAGAGUUAAAAUCAUUUUUCACCCAGAAUUUCUCAAUGCCAACAACCCAAUUUUGUCGUUGGACUAUGACGAGUUUGUCCGUGGUUGCCAUUUGGGUGUUUUCCCAUCUUACUAUGAACCAUGGGGAUAUACUCCAGCAGAAUGUACGGUCAUGGGUAUUCCAUCCAUCACAACCAAUCUCUCUGGAUUCGGAUGCUACAUGGAAGACUUGAUUGAAAACACUAGCGAUUACGGAAUCUACAUUGUUGAUCGAAGAAUGAAAUCCGUCGAUGAAUCAAUUGACCAGUUGACGGGGUACAUGUUUGAUUUCUGCGAAAAGACUAGAAGACAAAGAAUCAAUCAGAGAAAUAGAACCGAAAGAUUAAGUGACUUGUUGGAUUGGAAACGAAUGGGAUUGGAGUACAUAAAGGCCCGUCAAUUGAGCUUGAAAAGAGCUUAUCCCGACAAAUUCAAGAAUGGCGCCAAUCCAUUCAAUAACUCGGCAAACCUUAAAUUAACAAGACCACUUUCGGUACCAGGCUCGCCCAGAUCCAAAGUAGGAUUGAUGACUCCAGGAGAUUUGGGAAGUUUACAAGAAGCCCAAGAAGGCUUGAAUACUGAUGAUUAUGUCGGUUUCAAGUUGGGUUUGGGUGCAAAUGAUGACGACAAUGAGGAUGGGGAUGAUGACCACCAUUAUCCCUUAACUUUGAGAGGAAACUCAGUGCCCCCUGAAGACAAGUCUGAAUAA